CGACGAUUCUCAACCUCAACGCGAAAAAUUGCCCGGCCGCUCUCAAAUGGACUCGUCAGACAAUGAAGACCUUAGCCUCGCUAUCGCAAUGUCUCUUGAAACGAGCAAGGCUCAGUCAGGCCCUGCAGUCAACCACCAAACGGGUGAAGCUUCAACGAUGAACAACGAAGAUGCAUCUACCAACAAGUCACAGCCUGCAAGCACCGUCGGCCUCUCAACGGCGGCUCGUAAGCAGCUCGAGCAGGAACGACUCAACCGCCAAGCUGCACGCAAGCGUCAAGCCAGCGUGUCUGCUUCCCCGCCUUUAGCUAGUCGCACCGGAGGAAAUGGUAACCCUAAGAAGCGUCGCGCCCUUGGCGCCAGAGAAGACCUAACUCCUAAUACGGGCAUUAAUCUCACGACUCCCGAAGCUGAGCAGGCUAAUCCAAAGGGUCCCCAGUAUCCUAAACCCACCAUCAAGCGGACCUGGGCCCAGGGAUGUCAGCGUGGUGGUGACAUCAAGAUUGAAGAGGUGUUACAGAAGGACAAGUUGCAGUUAUGCGUGAUGAGCACUUGGCAAUUCGAGACUACUUGGUGGAUGGACAAGAUCGACUGCAUGAAGACGAAGCAGGUUUGGAUCAUUGGCGCAGCCGACGAAGAUAUGCACAACUCCUUCGCGAAGGGUCCAGGAAUGAUUCCGAACCUCUCUAUAUGUUUUGUCGAUAUGAAGGGUGUGGUCAACAUAAACCAUGCUAAAUUCAUGCUCCUGAGCUUCCCCGGAUACCUACGUAUCGUCAUCACUACGGCAAACACGACUAGCUAUGAUUGGGGAGAGGGCGGUGGUGUCAUGGAGAAUUCCGUCUUCUUGAUUGAUUUACCUCGCCUUCCCGACAACCAGCGCAUUGACGAAAGCAACUUGACAUUCUUCGGCAAAGAACUCCUCGGGUAUCUGCGUUACUGCAAUAUGGGCACAUCAGUGGCCAACAGCAUGCUCAAAUUUGAUUGGUCUGAGACCAAGGACCUUGCCUUUGUCCACACCAAGGGCGGCAGUCAUGUUGGCGGGGAUGCCUACAAAACUGGCUUCCCUUACCUUUCAAACGCCAUCAAGAAGCUCGAAUUACAAACUGCUCAGGACACGAUGGAGAUGGAUUAUGCCACCUCAUCCUUGGGUGCGCUCCGACGUGGUUUCAUGAGACAAAUGCGUCUUGCCGCCGGCGGAGAAGAUGUAGAAGACCCUUCGGAGGUAGCAGAGUACGACAAAGGUAUCGAAGUAGAUGAGAAGUUCCGCGUCUACUUUCCUACUGCCGAGAGCGUAAGAGCCAGCAAGGGAGGACCAGACAACGGCGGCACCAUCACUUUCCAGAAGAGGUUCUACGCUGCACCAGGUUUCCCCAAGCAUGUUCUACGCGACCACCAGUCGCGCCGUUUGGGUAUGCUAAGCCACAGCAAGAUGCUUCUGGUCCGCGGCCAGCAAUUGGUGGGUGAGGGCGAUGAGAAGGGACAUCAGAACAUAGCGUGGGCAUACGUGGGAAGUGCCAAUCUGACGGAGAGCGCGUGGGGUUUUCUGAAGAAGGCGGGCCGUGGGAACAACAAGACGGUCAGGCUGGAUUGCCGCAACUACGAGGUUGGAGUGCUGGUGCCAGUGCCCUACACCGAGGCCAACAAGAUCGGCAGCGUCGAGCCAGGCAUUGUGCCGGGCUACGACGUCUUCGACGGGACGCUGGAGAUUCCGUUCCGUACCCCUGGGCAGAAGUACGGGGUGAGGAAGCCAUGGUUCUACCAGGACAUGCUGAUUGGCUGAGUUGAGGGGGUGGGUGCGCACGCCUUUUAGCGGGGGUGGUGUAGUGUAGCUAGCUAUGGUGAAGGAGGGCGCGCGAUGGAUUAGGCACAGAUGGCAAGCGGUAGCGACGGAAUGAGUCUUCAAUUGAUGAAUGAAAAUUAAAUGGUGUGCG